AGGCCCAGAAUGCACCGCGCUACUGGUUAAGCCCGUCCUGAUUUUCCAGCCAGGCUCGCGAGCAGAGCAGAGCAGAAUGUCCGUAAUGGCUGCACCCUGUCCGGCAGCGCGAGCUCCCCGAGAUGCGACAACCGACUGAAACCAGCGCGAGCACAGGGAACCGAGAAGCGGACCGGUGAGGAGGAGUCUCGUGAGGUCCAGUCCAGUCCGUCGCCAUGACCACCGGGUUCGGAACCUCCUCGAGCUCCGUGCGCUUCGCGGAUUACUUCGUGAUUUGUGGGCUGGACACGGAGAGCGGUCUCGAGCCAGACGAACUGUCCGGUGAGAGUCUCGAGCGCUCUCCUCUGCGGCGUGCCUUCAAGUCGAAGGUUUUGUCUCAUUUUCCAGAAAAUGUAGACUGGAACCCUUUCGACCAGGAUGCAGUGGGCAUGCUGUGUAUGCCAAAGGGUUUGUGUUUUCGGACUCAGUCUGAGUGUCGCGACUCCGAGUUCCAUUCCUUCAUCAUCACGCGAGAGGACGGAUCCCGAUCCUACGGCUUCGCACUCACCUUCUACGAAGAGGUGUCGUCCGUUCAGAUCUGCUCGGCGAUGCAGACCCUGUACCACAUGCACAACGCCGCCCAUUAUGACAUCAUCCAGGAGGCCCCUCCCACACACGACGACGUCAUCGAGCAGGCCCCGCCCAGUCACUAUGACAUCACUAGACAGGUCCCGCCCACCCGUUAUGACAUCCCUCCCCAGGCCCCGACCCCCGGCCCCGCCCCCGGUUCGUCUCGUCUGCAGCGGUUCAACUCCUACGACGUCUCGCGCGACACGCUCUACGUCUCCAAGUGCGUCUGCCUGCUCGCCCCGCUGCCAUUCCAGAACGCGGCACGCAAGAUUCUAGAACAGCUGUAUCGCGCCGCCAUAGCAACCACGCCGCCGCCGCUGCCACUGGAGAGCUACGUCUUCAACGUGCUGUACGAGGUCCCUCUGCCCCCUGCUGGUCGUUCUCUGCGUUUCAGCGGUGUGUAUUCUGCGGUGGUGUGUCAGCGCCCGGCCUCGUCUGAGUUGCCGCUCUUCGACUUCUCUCUUCGCGAACUCUUCACUCUGCUGGGAGCCGACAACGUGCUGCAACUCUUUACAUGCGCACUGCUGGAGAUCCAAAUACUACUCUACUCACAACAUUACCAGCGGUUGAUGACGGUGGCUGAGAGCGUGACGGCGUUGAUGUUCCCGUUCCUAUGGCAACACGUGUAUGUUCCGAUCCUGCCCGCCUCGCUACUUCACUUCCUGGAUGCUCCUGUUCCGUACCUCAUGGGUCUCCAUAGCAACGGACGCAACGAACGCAACACACUGGAGCUGCCACAGGAGGCUAACUUGUGCUUUGUGGAUAUCGAUGAGGGUGUGUGUGAGCUGCCGGAGGAUCUGCCCCAGCUAACUUGUGCUUUGUGGAUAUCGAUGUGUGUGUGUGUGUUGCAGGCUAACUUGUGCUUUGUGGAUAUCGAUGAGGGUGUGUGUGAGCUGCCGGAGGAUCUGCCCCAGUUCCCCCAGCGAUGUCACUUCCUGUCUGAGCUCAAGGAGACGCUGCAGAGCCUCAACGUGCCAGCAGAGGGCAGCACACACAGCAGGGGCACCAGGAGUAGUGUUAGCACGCCACACACACCACACAGGACACACACGCACACGCACACACACGCGCACACACACACACUGCACGACACACACACACCUCACACCACGCCUCACACUCCACCCAGACGAGACGACAAGCGCAACGGGAAUGUGGGAGGAGUCAUGACAUCAUUAACCCCGCCCCUUCUGAGGGAGAAUGCCACCAUGGCGAGACUACACGCCCUGGUCAAGAAGACCGGCAUCAGCUUGGAGAAGGUGGAAAGCAAAGAGGACCCGAUUGAGAGCAGGGAGGAGUGUGUACGCCUGCAGGUGAGUGAGGAGGAGUGGAGUGACCAGCGUGUCAACAUCGCGGUGCGGGAGAUCUUCGCUAACCGCUUCGCCCAGAUGUUCGCCGACUACGAAGUCUUCGUCAUCCAGCCGAGUCACGACCGCGAGGCCUGGUUUAGCAACCGAGACCAGAUGCAGAACUUUGACAAGGUGAACACACACACACACACACACACACACACACACACACACACACACACACACACACACACACCAUAG